AUGUUGCUGUUCACGAUUCUGGGGUUGCUGCAAUUGGCAUCUUCGUCUGAGACGAAAAGCAUCACGGCGCUCCUCUCUCAGGUCCCCAACUGUGCGCUUCCGUGUGUUACGACUGAUCUUAUCAAUGGCGGUUGCUCAUUGACCAAGGUGUCCGCUCUUACGGAUUGCUUGUGCCCGAACAUUCAGCUUCAGGCCAACUUGUCGACUUGCGUACAAAUAAAAUGUUUCUUCGAUGACCAAACACGUGCUGCGCAGCUCCAGACCGAGCUUUGUGCCGCAUAUCCAAAGGAGUCCAGGAGUAACGAGGCCAAAGUGAUUGCCAUCUGCCUCUCGGUCAUCACGUUUCCCGUUGUCGGACUGCGGUGCUUGUCGCGAUGGCUGGUCACCAAACAGCUGUGGUGGGACGACGCCAUGGUCGUCAUUGCUACGGUCCUCCUUGCCGCGAUGGCGGGCGUCCAGAUCGCUGGAACCAAUAUCGGCUUCGGGCUGCACUACUGGAAUGUCGAUCCAUCAGCAAGUGUGAAAUUGAUUCAGCUCUUCUACGCCGGCCAACAACUUUACAUCCUCGUCCAAGUUUUCGCCAAGAUAUCGAUCUUGUUACUCUUCUCUCGCCUGUUCUCGGCCUCGCGAUGGUUCCAACUUACAAUCCGCUAUUUCAUUGGGUUCCUGGUGCUACACGGAGUCGUCUUCAUGUUUGUGGUCAUCUUCGAAUGCUAUCCGAUUUCGUCCAUUUGGGAUCUCAGCGAUCCAAACCGAUCCUGCCGAGACAUCACAGCGAUAGCCUACAGCGGAGCCGGCUUCAGCAUCGUUGAAGACUUUUGCAUUUUGCUACUCCCGAUACCCGAGUUGCUCACGCUGCAACUCAGUAAAAGGAAGAAGGCAAUGGUCGUGUUUAUUUUCAGUUUGGGAUCAUUCGCCUGUGUCACCAGUAUGGUGAGGUUGAAGUUCCUCAUCAGGUUUUCCACCACCUUUGACGUGACUUGGGACAACAUCGACAUCGUCAUUUGGUCUCUCGUUGAGGUCUUUUGCGCAAUUUUAUGCGCCAGCCUGCCCGCUCUGCGGCCGUUGAUGAAGAGUCUUAGCAAGAAGUUCUCUAGAAAGGACACGGAGGCCGCGCCACUGAGGCCGGGCACUAUAUACUACAGGAAGAACAACUUCCGUAUGAUAUCCGAGACUAUGCUGUCAACCACGGAUAUAUCGCUAUCGCCUAUAGAUGAUACAAAGAUCGGCGACCAAAUAGCAAGAGAGUUGGAUUGGUGGGACAAGCUCAGUCUUAAGAGGAUUAGUCGUAAUUCAAAUAAAGCCUGA